UCAUCUAUAGUGUUCGAUCGUGAAUUGAGAUUUCGGUUUACUUGAGUUUGCUACAAUGCCGUCACUCUUUGGAGGUCCUCUUACUACAUUUGAAGAUUCUGAAAAGGAAAGCGAGUAUGGUUACGUUAGAAAGGUGUCUGGACCAGUGGUUGUUGCUGAUGGAAUGGCAGGGGCGGCCAUGUAUGAACUUGUUCAUGUCGGACAUGACAAUCUUAUUGGUGAAAUUAUUAGGCUGGAAGGAGAUUCCGCUACAAUUCAAGUCUAUGAAGAAACAGCUGGGCUGAUGGUGAAUGAUCCUGUCCUACGUACAUGCAAGCCCCUGUCAGUAGAGCUUGGUCCUGGAAUCUUGGGAAACAUCUUCGAUGGUAUUCAGAGACCUCUGAAGACAAUUGCAAUAAGAUCUGGUGACGUAUACAUCCCUAGAGGUGUAUCUGUUCCAGCCCUUGACAAGGAUAAACUCUGGGAAUUUCAGCCUAAGAAAGUAGGGGAGGGAGAUGUCUUAACAGGUGGAGAUCUGUAUGCUAACGUCUUCGAGAACAGCUUAAUGGAACAUCAUGUUGCACUUCCUCCGGAUGCCAUGGGAAAAAUUACUUACAUUGCUCCCGCUGGUCAAUACUCUUUGAAGGAUACAGUUCUUGAGCUCGAGUUUCAAGGUGUCAAAAAGCAGUUCACUAUGCUUCAGAGUUGGCCUGUUCGUACACCUAGGCCGGUUGCCUCAAAGUUAGCUGCUGAUACUCCUCUUCUUACUGGACAGCGUGUUCUUGAUGCUCUGUUCCCUUCGGUGCUUGGAGGUACUUGUGCUAUACCAGGUGCAUUUGGCUGCGGGAAAACAGUGAUUAGUCAAGCUCUUUCCAAGUACUCUAACUCAGACACUGUGGUCUAUGUUGGUUGUGGGGAAAGAGGGAAUGAAAUGGCCGAGGUGCUAAUGGAUUUUCCUCAAUUGACAAUGACAUUGCCCAAUGGACGUGAAGAGUCUGUCAUGAAACGUACCACGCUCGUUGCUAAUACUUCAAACAUGCCUGUGGCUGCUCGUGAGGCCUCAAUCUAUACAGGCAUUACUAUAGCCGAAUAUUUCAGAGACAUGGGCUACAAUGUGAGCAUGAUGGCAGAUUCUACAUCUCGUUGGGCUGAAGCUUUACGUGAAAUUUCAGGUCGACUGGCAGAGAUGCCUGCAGACAGUGGAUAUCCUGCUUAUCUCGCUGCACGUUUGGCAUCCUUUUAUGAGCGUGCUGGUAAAGUUAAAUGUCUCGGUGGACCUGAGAGAACUGGGAGUGUGACAAUUGUUGGUGCUGUUUCUCCUCCUGGAGGAGAUUUCUCAGAUCCUGUUACAUCUGCGACUCUGGGUAUUGUUCAGGUCUUCUGGGGACUGGACAAAAAGUUGGCACAGAGGAAACACUUUCCUUCUGUUAAUUGGCUUAUUUCCUAUUCAAAAUACUCAGGUUUUCUAAAUCAGGCCCUGGAGUCCUUUUAUGAGAAGUUUGAUCCUGAUUUUAUCAACAUAAGGACAAAAGCCCGUGAGGUGCUGCAAAGGGAGGAUGACCUAAAUGAAAUUGUGCAACUUGUUGGGAAGGAUGCUUUAGCCGAAACAGAUAAAAUCAUUUUGGAAACUGCAAAGCUUUUGAGAGAGGACUACCUUGCACAAAAUGCAUUUACUCCGUACGACAAAUUCUGUCCUUUCUACAAAUCUGUUUGGAUGUUGCGCAAUAUUAUCCAUUUCUGUGACUUAGCCAACCAGGCCGUUGAACGAGGAGCUGGUAUGGAUGGACAGAAGAUUACCUACAGUCUAAUUAAGCACCGUCUAGGGGAUUUGUUCUACCGUUUGGUGUCCCAAAAAUUUGAGGAUCCAGCUGAAGGAGAGGAAGCUCUGGUGGCCAAGUUUCAGAAGCUUCAUGAUGAUUUGAUUGCUGGAUUCCGCAAUCUUGAGGAUGAAACUCGAUAAGUCACUAUUUAGUAAAUAAUAGAAUUUUCCUCGGAUCAGUCGCAUGGCGUUGUCCUCAUUAAGAUGGCCGUUUGGAUCCUUGAAUUGGACAAGUAAAAUGAGAAGGUGCUUGGCUCGGCAUUUUAUAUGUUGUUUAGAUGGUGUCUAUUUAUUUAGCUGCACGCUCAAUCAAAGAGCUCGUUUAGGCAAAUUUAUUUAGUUU